UCUUGUCCAUCUUGUGGGGGCUAUUGAUAACCAGAGCAAGAGGGCUGGAAAAGAAGAGGAAGACCAAGCAUGUUGCGUCUGGCCAAUAAUAAGAUCUGCUUUGUGAAGCUUGCGUCACACAGCCUUACAUCUGCAGACCUCAAAUGUUGCAGCUAGAGGAGCAGAGCAGAGAAAGAGACUAGUGGGGAAAAGUUUGCAAAAGGAUCAGGACUAACCUGGACAGCCCUGUAGACUGAUUUUAUGUGCCUGAGAAGUCCUUUCCGCUCUUUUUGACAUUUCGCAAGCAUUGUAUUUGACUGUUUGUAGGCAUAUUUGAGAUCGAAAAGGACUGUAACAAUCAUGGAACUGCUUUGUCUCGAGAUGGACACCAUUGUAAGAGCCCGUCCUGACCCGAAUCUUCUAUAUGAUGACAGGGUACUACAGAGCUUGUUGACCAUCGAAGAGAGGUUUCUUCCCCAGUGUUCAUAUUUUAAAUGCGUUCAGAAAGAUAUUCAGCCCUUUAUGCGGAGGAUGGUGGCAACUUGGAUGUUGGAGGUCUGCGAGGAACAGAAAUGCGAGGAAGAAGUUUUUCCACUGGCUAUGAACUACUUGGACCGAUUUUUAGCGGUGGUACCAACAAGAAAAUGUAACUUGCAGUUGCUCGGCGCAGUGUGCAUGUUUCUUGCGUCUAAAUUGAAAGAGACGCGUCCAUUAACUGCAGAGAAGCUGUGCAUCUAUACUGAUAACUCAAUCAGACCGCAGGAACUGCUGGAAUGGGAGCUGGUUGUCCUGGGCAAAUUGAAGUGGAAUCUGGCUGCUGUCACUCCCAAUGACUUUAUUGAGCACAUUAUGAGGAAACUUCCGCUGCCUGAGGAUAAGCUGGACCUGAUCCGUAAACAUGUGCAGACUUUCAUCGCCCUUUGUGCAACAGAUUUUAACUUCGUCAUGUACCCUCCAUCCAUGAUCGCAACGGGCAGUGUGGCAGCGGCUAUCUGUGGCCUGCAGCUGAACAGCACUAACCGCUCACUGUGGGGAGACAACCUAACAGAGUUACUCGCCAAGAUCACAAACACAGAAGUUGAUGUGUUAAAGGCAUGCCAGGAGCAGAUUGAGAGAGUGCUGAUGAAUAACCUGAGGGAGGGCCGCCGGCAACAGCAGAAACAGCAGCAGCAGGAACAGGGUGGCCCGCGCAGCAAAGCGCUCGAUGACCAAGACCAGUCCAGCACCCCGACCGAUGUACGAGACAUCAACUUGUGAGCUUGCUGCAGGAACGCUGUGAUCCGUCUUCAAGAGGAAAAAAAGAAAAAAAAACAACAAAAAACAAAAACGACAAAAAAACAAACAACCCCAACAAAAAGUGCUUGCUAGUCUUUGUAGAGUUUUAUCUUCAUUUUCCAGUAAAAAAUUGCUCCCGUAAAUGGAAAAAAAAAAAAAGAAAAAAAAAAAAAAGCUAUUUUAGAUACAAAAAAAAAGAUAUUUUUAAAAUGAUUUGAUACUGAUGCAAAAAGCUCUACGGUGCCUCAGACUCUUAGAAGGGAAGCGUGUAGUAUUUUGCAAACUCUUUUGAUUGUGUAAACAUAAUAAUAUGAUAUUUAAUGCAAAAGUGAUAGUGUAAAGGGCUUUUCUAAAUAGAGAGUCUACUGUAUCAGACUGGCUUGAAAGGGUACAAAAAGUGGGGCUAUGUUUUUUUUCCUGUUUUGUUGUGAUUUUUUUUUUUUUGGUUCAUGUUGGAAUGCCUGAACUUGAACACACAAUGAGGUGCCAUGAGUAUGAAUGGACGCGCCCAUUCAUUUGGAUGUGUACUAAGUGCAUUAGGACCAGAAAGAGGGAUUAAAAAAGGAGUGGUGAGACACAAGUCUUAUGUUAAGAACUCAAGGCUCUUUUGCUAGGGCAACAGGGGCUAUGUAUCAGACUAUUAAUAUUAUUAUGAUUAUUAUUAUUAUUCCUGUUAAACAAGCAAGUUAUUGUCUCUCGAUGCUAAAGUUACAGACACUUCAAAUAAGCUUUUGUCAAGCUGCUUGUGUGCAUGCAUUUACGUGUGGUGUAUGUUGGCUCUUGUGCAAGCGUGUACAAGUUACUCUAUAUCAAGCACUCUUGUGUGAGUCAUGUGGGCUUUGUUUAAUCAUCUAUCUGCAAGUGUUUGGUCAUAGAGACUGGUUCAUUGGUGGGCACAUGGUCAAAGGACUGGACAGGGGAUAGUACAUGAUUUCACAAUGCGUUGAGGGCCUCCUGUAUCAGUGCCUUAUAUGUUAGAUGCUUUUUUUUUACUGGCCUGGAAACUGCUUGAGGGCUGAGCCCAACCCAGUGCACAGAACAAGAGGAGGCAAGAACAGGGAGCGGACAGAGACGACGACGUUCCCUCGUAUCUUCUAAAGGCAAGAAGAGUUGUUUUUAAAAUAUGUGGGUAUGGUUGUGGCAUCCUCCCACUAAAUAUUACAGUUGUAUUGUAUACAGACAGUUUAUUAUGUAUUUUGUCGUGAGCGUGUUGAAGGAGCCUAAGGCUGGUAUAUACGGUUGAAAAUGAGUCGUGCGAGCAAAUGUGUGCUAAUUCUGUUAGCAGUAAAGGAAUGUGUAGGCAAGAAUGAUCGAGGACGAUGACGAUGAAGCUUGGUUGGUUUGAGGUUUGAAGCAUGCUGCUGAGAUGAGGAUGCUGAUGUGGAGUUACAUGUGAUUUGUUAAUAUGCUGAUAUGGAGAUACAGAGAAGCAGGAAAGGAGGCCAAAGGAGAAACAACAGCUAUGGUUUCCAUACAUCACCUGAUAUUUAAAAUCUUUAAUCUAUUUGUCUGUUUAUUUGUUUGUCCUUUAGUUUUUAUGUCUCGUGUUUGAAUUACAGACCAGUAUCUAAACCAGUUUGAGUGAUACCGCUAGCGCACGACUGGGGAAGGUUACUCCAUCGGUUUCAGUUCAGAAAGCAUAUUCGCCAUGGAUAACAAAUGGUUAAGGUUAAUGUUUUUUUUUUCUUCUUUCUCUUUUUUCUUUUUUGGGCUGGUUUCCCAUGUUUGAAUCAUGGCGUGUUCAGUUCAUUAUAGCGUUAAAGCAUUGGAAACCAAUGUCUGACGACAACGGCAACGAAAAUAAAAAUAAUAAAAAAGACCAAAAAAUCAGACAACAAAAUAACAGAACGAAAUGGAAGAAAAAAUGUUUGUUGAUUUGCACGCUCCAAGGGCAGUUUUCGAUUUUAAAAAAAAGACUUGUGCAACUGCAACACUGCAGAAAAAACAAUGUUAUAUAGUGCCUUGAGUCUGAUGUAGACUUUCACCCUGUUUUGCCAAGAUUAAGCGCAAGAUCCACUACCCAGCCAUCCAAAAUAUGCUGCUUCCAAAGGUUGAACUGGCAUGGGGUUAGAAAACAUCCACAAGUCAUUACACAGUGGCUAAAAACAGGGUGCAUCAGUAGCACAAAACGGCUUUCGUAUGCUGAAUUCUCAUAGCUUACCUUGAAAAGGGGCAGUCGAGCUUAGGUUUGUGUCCGUCUGUGUAUGCGUGUGUGUGUGUGUGUUUGUGUGCAUGUCCUUCUGUGGGUAAAGGAGAUGUUUACGUGUACUUGCGUUUCCUUUCUCCAGAAACGGUUCUUAGCGAUGCUUGAGUUUCACAUGUCACAUUUCCUCCAUCCUCGCACCAAAACCCCCUGCCAAUCUUAUUGUAUUAAGUUAGUCUGUCUUAUUAUUUUCCCGGGUCUCUGCUCUGAAAAUGAAUUACAGUACUGUUCACAGAUUGUAUGGGUGGCUAAGUGGUUUGAGUUUGAAUAUGGACCGAAGUUACGUUCCUUAAGGGGUAUGAUACUGUAUUCCAAAGUGAUGAGAGAUGGAAAGAGUGUGAAGACAUCAAUCAAGUGUCAAUAUUGUUAAUGAGUUAUUGUUUUUUUCCGCUGCUAAAAAGCUAUGAUUUUUUUUUGUUUGUUUCAUCGUAUACACAAAAAUAACAUUACAUAGUUGUGAUGUCACAUCAGUGUGCUGCUAUUUUAUAAACAAAAUUGUAUUAUAAUUAUUUUACUGCUUACAGAAUACUUUGAGAAUACAGAAGUAGAGGGUAAAAGAAGAACAUGAAAUGAGUAUUCGACUGGAAAUGCUCUUUGUACAGUGUGCUCUUAUUAAGGCAUGUUUCUUUACCUUUUAAUCUUUUUUCCUCCUCUUCUUUCUCUGUCACAUUCUGUAAGUGUGGUAUCUCUAUACCUCAGGUUUACUGGACAUAAAAAGACUUUCCCAUUACCUCACACAGCUCACAACAGUUUUUUCGGGAACCUGGAAAGGACCGCACAAAUGAGAGGUUAUGAUAUUUCUGCUGUGUCUGAUGUAGUAAAUUCAGUGGAAGUGAAUUUCCAAAGUAAAUGAAUAGCAAGCUUACAGGGCUCCCACCUGGACUUCAGAAACAGUGGACAGAGGAGGUGAUGAACGCUCGACAAUGUCUUAUGUACACGGCCCAUAUCAGUGGAUGUAAACCUGUAAAUAUCAAACAAGCAACAACAUUGAGAAAAGCCCUCCUCUCUCCACUUCAACCAUAUCAUGUACCUCAGUUAUGUCUGUUGCACAACCUCUGUUCAAUAAAUCUGCUUUAAAGAGUGUGGUGCUAUGUUGGUCCUAUGUUAUUGUUCCCUUUUAUUGGCUGAAAAUAACAAUGGGAAUCUAUCCGGCAUGUUAGAACCUGGUAAAGAAUGUGUUGAUAAUCAGACACAGGCCAGAUGGAAAAUGACACAUUUCAAAAAUAAAGCAGACGUUGAACUUUGCUGUUCAACAAGGUUUCUUUCCAGAAUUAUCCGCUAAGUAAUUACAACUAAGUCAGAAAUUGUCACAGCUGAUUUUGAGGAGAUGAACUAUGAGGUAAAGUCAUUAGGGCUUGGCAACUCUGUGGAUAUUCUUUGGAUUUCUGUUGAACUCAAAUCAUUUGUCAUUGAGAGCAUGAAUGAAGUUAAAAGAGAGGACAUGCUGUAUGCUAAGGUCAAUAAACUUACCUUGAAAGAA